UGCUAAGACCAGGUCUAGGUAACAACCAUGGUGUACACUUUGCGUGGUGUUGCUUCAAGUGCAGUACCUUAUCCUCGGCCCAGUAUCCCGUCAGAUGUAAUACACUUGCGGUAGUCUAGGCCUGAGCUAGUAACUAAUCGUUGAUGAGCCGCAAUAUUUCGGACCGCCAUUCUAGAGUGAAGAGUUCUGUAAUUUCGAAUACAAUGCGUCUAACAUGUUAUGUACGUGGCCGAUACUAGGGUGAAACAGUCAUUGAUGCUGAAACGAGCUCCUUCAGUCAACGCCACGCCGUUUCCUUACUUCGAAGACCCUCACUUCGAAGACUAGCUCUCCGAUGGUUCUCGCCCGGUCCUUCACGACGGAUGACCGACCCUCGCAGUCAACUGAUACAGCCUCGCGAGUCACAGAAACGAGAGAUAGAGCGUCGAGAGGUGGCGAAGCGAGCGAUAGAGCGGCUUCACGAAGUAGAGCCUCCCAUAGCGACCGUGCGAGAACCCCCAGCGGUUCGAGCGAUCGCGACAGACUUUCGUUCCGCAGCGAUGCUGAGCUGGACGCCCUCCAUGGCUGUGACAAUAGCGAGGGGAUUUCCUGCAUCCCCUGCUUGCAGCCACUCAUCUCCCGCGAGAUGCGCUCCAGCCGUUCGCACGCGCCUCACCCCUUUCAAGCGCCCGAAGUUUCCCAUGCGUCCACCGGCUCUCGCGCGGUGACGGUUUCCGUCACGCCGCGUGCCGCCAGCAGCCGCCACCCCCGUUACCGUCAGCAUGGACGGUCACGAUCUGCCGCAGCGCUUCCGCCGAUUCCGCGCUCCCCCGCGUCAUUACCGCGGCAACCGGAUCUGAGCCCUACUGGUACUGGUAGCCUCCGCCUGGACGUCGGGGGAAGCCGGGGAAGCGGGCAAAGCGGGGGGGGCGGGGGAGGCGGGGGAAGCCACGGGGAUCUGGACCCAACUGAAAGCGACCGGGCGAGUUUCACCCUCCCGCUACCGUCGAGACAAAGCGUGGCGGGGUCGUCAGGGCGAUCGGAUGAGUCGUCUGGGCGACUGGAAGUGCCGUCUGGGCGAUCGGAAGUGUCGCCUGGGCGACUGGAAGUGUCGUUUGGGCGACUGGAAGUGUCGUCUGGGCGAUCGGAAGGUGCUUUCGAGAGAUUAGAUGGAGAGUCGGGUCGACUGGGAGGUGCGUCCGGGCGAUCAGAAGGGUCGCUUGGGGGAUGGAAUGUCGCAGGCGACGGAGCGAGCGACAGGAGGGAGGCCUCGGGAGCAGUGCGGGCGACAGAGAGCAGAUCGCACGCAGUGGGUGGUGGGAUCAGACCAGACAGGCGGUUAGAAAUCAGACCUGACGGAGAGCCAGACGACGAGAUCCGACUUCACGGAAAACGUUUACGUUCUGACGCGGGGACGUCGUGGGGACGAGUGAGCUGGGCUCCGGGUUUAAAAGCAGAGGCGGGGCAGCGGCGGGAAAGGCGAGAGCAAGGGUCAGAGUCGCACUAUAGUAGCAGGCACGGGGGAGCCAGCAGUAAUAGACGCGGCGGGAGCAGCGGUUUUAGACGUGGAGCAAGCAGCAGUAGCAGCGACGGAGGAGCCUUCCUGUGGGGCUGCUGCCUCCCCCAUCCGCCCGACUCGCCGUCUGGAGAGAACAAGGAGAGGGGAAGAGAGGGAAGCCAGGAGGAGGAGUGCAGGGGGGGGGAUGCGUGGAGCAGCGCGUGGGGAGAGCGAGGAGAGGGGGCAGGCGGGUGUUUGUCCGAGGCGGCGUGGGCGGCGUACCUGAACCAGGCCGCACCUCAGAAGCAGGCUCGGCGCGCGCCGUCGUCCCCGCCGCCGAGCCAGGCGGGCGGGGUGCGAUACUUGCUGUACCGGUGGAUGCUGGGGCUCAUGAGACGGAUGAAGAUCCCCGUGAUCCACCCGUACUCGCGGUUCAGACGUGAUAUCAACCUCGUUGUCGGCGCGUGCAUCCUCUACAACAUGUGGGAGAUUCUCUUCCAGCUGGCGUUUGACCUGCGCUCCACUGGCCCAUGGCUCAUUCUCGACUCCACUCUCUCCGCCAUCUAUCUGGUCGAUGUCCUCCUGGGGUUCAAAACUGGGUAUGUGACGCGAGAGCGCCAUGUUCGCACGGAGGAUGGCAUCAAGAUCAUGCAAGCACAGCAUAUCGUGAUGGAGCAGCGGCGCAUUGUGUGGCACUACCUGCGCACGUGGUUCCUAUUAGACCUGCUCUCCUCGCUGCCCAUGGACCUCGUCAUCUCGCUCACCACCGCCUCCUCCUCCGGCUUCUGGAUCUCCACCGUGUUCCGCCUGCUGAAGCUGUUCCGCAUGCGGCGCCUGCUGAACGCCACGAACCAGCUGAGGACGUCCUCACUGAGCUCCACGUGGAUGGAGCUCACCGUGCUCAUCCUGCAGAUCUGCAUGUUCUGCCACCUGGGCGCGUGCGCCUUCGCUAUGAUUGGCCGGCUGGAGCCAGCGGGGCAGUCCUGGCUGGCCAACUUCUUCUGGAACGAUGACGGGGAGGCCCGGCCGCUCGACACGGCGUCCCCGGUCGUCGCCUACGUGGCAGCCGUCUAUUGGUCCAUGGUCACAUUGGCGUCGGUGGGCUAUGGCGACAUCUACCCCCAGGACACCCUCUCAGAGCGCAUAUUCGGCACUGUGUACAACCUGCUGGCUGCCAUCAUGCUGGGCUACGCUGUCGGUCAAAUCACCUCCCUCAUCUACGCCAGCAGGGAGCGGCGGGAGAAUGCGAGGCAACGCUUUGGGACACUCCACAAGUUCAUUGAGAAAGAGGAGCUCCCCGAAUGGCUGGCCAACCGACUGAUGGUGCACCUCACCCGCCAGUGGCAGGCGCAGCUCUCACAGAAGUUUGACGAGUUUGAGCUCAUGGGAAGCCUCACGGUGAGAAGGGAAACCUCGCAGUGGGAAAGGGAAGAUUGAUUGUUCACCAGUUUGCCUCUCACAUGCAUGCUAGUGGUUCAGUGGUCCAGUGGUCCAGUGGACCAGCGGUCCAGUGGUUCAGUUGUGUGGUCCAGUGGGAACAUAUUUGACUGUCUGCUGAAUACAUAGGCAGGCGAACAGUGGUCGGUCCACUAGUCCACUGGACCACUGCCUGGUCCACUGGACAACUGACUGGUCCACUGGUCCACUCGACCACUGGACCACUCGACCACUGGACCUUAGUUGCUACAAACGCGUUUGGCGUUUGAACGCUAGCGUUUAAACGCUAGCGUUUGAACGCUAAACGCUCGGCAGCAUGCUAUUCUCCAACGACAAUCUCGUGUUUUUUUUGGGGGGGCAGCCCGAAAAAAAUCCCAGAGAGCGUUUGCGUUUUUGGGUGCGUUUGGCGUUUGCGUUCAAACGCUAGCGUUUGAACGCCAAACGCUUGUCUCCCAGAGCGUUUGUAGCAACUAAGCACUGGACCACUCGACCACUGGACCACUCGACCACUGGACCACUCGACCACUGGACCCCUCGACCACUGGACCACUGGACCACUGGACCACUGGACCACUGGACCACUCGACCACUGGACCACUGGACCACUCGACCACUGGACCACUGGACCACUGGACCACUGGACCACUGGACCACUCGACCACUGGACCACUGGACCACUGGACCACUGGACCACUGGACCACUGGACCACUCGACCACUGGACCACUGGACCACUCGACCACUGGACCACUGGACCACUGGACCACUCGACCACUGGACCACUCGACCACUGGACCACUGGACCACUGGACCACUGGACCACUGGACCACUGACCACUGGGACCACUGGACCACUGGACCACUCGACCACUCGACCACUCGAACACUCGACCACUCGACCACUGGACCAGUGGACCAGUGGACCAGUGGACCAGUGGAACAGUGGACCAGUGGACCAGUGGACCAGUGGACCAGUGGACCACUCGACCACUGGACCACUGGACCACUGGACCACUGGACCUCUGGACCACUGGACCACUCGACCACUCGACCACUGGACCACUGGACCACUGCACCACUGGACCACUCGACCACUGGACCACUCGACCACUGGACCACUCGACCACUGGACCACUGGACCACUGGACCACUGGACCACUGGACCACUGGACCACUCGACCACUGGACCACUGGACCACUGGACCACUCGACCACUGGACCAUCUGGACCACUGGACCACUCGACCACUCGACCACUGGACCACUGGACCACUGGACCACUCGACCACUGGACCACUCGACCACUGGACCAC